UUAGUGACUUAUACUCUCUCCCUUCGUUCUUUCUUUAUAUAUAACCCUCUUCCUUUGCUCUCUUUCCACUCUUCAAAUUAAACCAGCAAAAUCUUAUCUUAGCAAUAGCUACCCCUAUCACAACAAUACUCUAUUAGGCAAAAACACCAAAUGGGAGAGGAAAAAGAGCAGCCUAAGAAUGAAACCGAGAAGAAGCCCGAGGAGGCCGCCGCAGCCCCCAAGAAAGACGACGGACCCAUCCCUGUCGUUUACAAACUCGACUUGCAUUGCGAGGGAUGCGUCAAGAAGAUCAAACGCACAUGUCGCCACUUCCAAGGUGUGGAAACCGUUAAGGCAGAUCUAUCGUCGAACAAAGUGACUGUUACUGGCAAAUUGGAUGCCGAGAAGCUGCGAGAUAAGAUCGCCGAGAGAACCAAGAAGAAGGUUGACAUCAUCUCAGCUCCGCCCAAAAAAGAAGCCGCCGCCACGGAAAAUCCACCGGAGAAGAAGGUUGAAGAGAAGAAACCUGAAGAGAAAAAACCAGAAGAAAAACCUAAAGAGAGUAUGGUGGUUUUGAAGAUCAAACUGCACUGUGACGGUUGCAUUGCGAAAAUUCGAAGAAUCAUUAUGAGAUUCAAAGGUGUACAAUCGGUGAGCCUUGACGGAAGCAAGGACUUGGUGACAGUGAAGGGAACAAUGGACGUGAAGGAGAUGGUAUCGUACCUGAACGAGAAGCUGAAGCGAAACGUGGAAGUGGUGCCUCCUCCGAAGAAAGACGACGAUAAGAAAGAGAAAGAAGGUGACGGUGGCGAAAAGAAAGAGAAAGAGAAAGACGGUGGCGGUGAGAAGAAAGAGAAAGACGUUGCUGCAGCGGCGGAGGUUAUUAACAAAAUGGAAUAUAUGCACCAGAUGGCACCUCCGUCGUUCUGGUACGACGGAGGACACUUUCCAGGUCAAACAAAUUACGCUAUGGAGGUUCACCCAGGAUAUGGUGCUAGUGCUAAUAAUCAUUACGUGGAGCCAGGGUACGUGAACCAGGGUUAUCCUCUGCAGCCACCUCUACCGUACUACAUGCACCCGCACGCACCUCCGCCACAGAUGUUCAGCGAUGAGAACCCCAAUGCUUGUUCCAUCAUGUGAUAAUCAGUGAUUAAUUUUCGUUUUCAGUGUACUCUUACACACGGACGGAAUACGGGAUACGGAAUAUGCACGCACGUUGUAAUUUGUAAAUAAAAAAACUGGAAAAAAAAUCGACCUGCGUGUAAAAAUUGAGGGGUGGAUAAUAUAUCAAUAUUCCGUGUAAUUGAAAAUUAAUAUAGAGAAAUUUUAUGAUAUGGUAGAAUUUUGAUAUAAUAUAAUGUUUUAGAGAAUAGAGAUAGAGGAUGGCCGGCUGGCUGGAGAAUCCUGUCCAGAACUCACAUCACAUGAGUUGUUAUUUGUUUUGUUUAUUUUUUUAAUAUCAGAAUAAAUGGUUACUAUUGUUUCAAUGAA